AUGACGACCCACGAUAAUUUUUUAUCGUGGGAGAAGUGUAAUCGAUAUCCCUACGUGGACAAAGUGUCCAUGGUAGAAGCGGAAGAAGAGGAUAGUGUUGAUUUUGUCUAUCAAUUUGUGAAGAAAAGAUUUGUUUCCACGGAUCAUGAGAGUUCAAGUAUAUUUCACACUGCUCCGGAGAUAAUUGGGCCGCCGAAAUUUCAACGUUACGGACAAACAAUUGAUUUUCGAAUCCUAUUUCACGAUUUUCAUAUGAUUAGAGACGGUACUGGUGUUUCAAUAUCUCCGUGGCGAAAUAAGGAUAUUAUGAGACCAAAAGAUAGGCAAUUUAUACACAACGAUUUCGAUGCGAUGACGAAAGACAAAAGAUAUAUCGAUAUCGAAUUUCACGAAGCUGUAUAUCCAAUUAGGGUCUGCAUUUACGAAAUAUGUAAACCUGGAAGCAUACGUCAAAUUUCAGCUCAAGAUUCUAAUGGGUCGUGGCAUGAAUUGUGGAACGUUUCUCAUCAGCCUUUCCUGUAUAUUCCACCCCCGCAAUCAAGAUUAUUUUCUCCACCGUUGUCGUCGCUAUCGUGUACCAUAAAAACUAAAAUGCUCAGAUUAGUAUUUGGGGGCAGUUGGCAGGUUUCUUACACAAAACUAGACGCCGUGAUGCUCAUCAGUACAUCGAAAUUGAUCCAAUCUAAAAAUCCCAAUGAAAGUUUACCGGAUAUAAUAAAGAGAAUUAGUUCCAUGUACUAUCCAUAUCACAACAAUUGUAACUUUACAACAGAUUUAAAUAGCGUGCAUUUGGACAUAGCAUAUCUGCAAAAGAAUUUUCACUAUUAUUGCAACAUUUCUAAUAGCAAUGUAAUAGCGAGUGUUUCUCAUGAUAAUCGUAUGAUGAGGUGUGAAAAAGUGUCAGAGGAGAUAAUCCCUGGUUACACGCAACCUUCCGGACACAGAUAUUCGCAUCGUAUUUUAUUGAAGGCAUAUCAGACUAAUGCCAAUAAGCGUUUGAGGCGCUCUUCGACUGAAUCCACGGAGCCGUUGUCGUCAUUGUCAAGUUGCAGUAUAUCUGCGCUUCCU